AUGGACGUUGUAGCAAGUAUCAAUUUUCCCACCUGGCUGGACCACUUGCAGACCGGACAGACCAAGUCUAUCUACAUCAUACUCGCAUCCACAAUCACAUACGCCGCGUGGUGCUGGGUAUUGAGGCCUAUUCUGACAGGUAGCCUCACUAAUUUGAUAUCAACAAUCUUGAACCUAUAUCUAACCCGGCAAUAUCCCUUCAAGCACGUCGAAACAGGACGAUCGAUCCCCGGCCGCCCAUACCGAUGGCCCAACGGACAAGGAGAUGAGGGCAAAUUCCUGGACGGUAUCGAGAACCGGACCUCAUGGGCAAAACAACAUGGCCAGAUCUAUCGCAUCUGGGCAGGCACAAAACCAGAAGUUGUUCUCCAGAAACCCGAACACGUCAAGCUAGUCUUCCGCGACUCUGAUCGACAUUCCAAAGCAGUAAAUAAUGAUUCGGGGUAUCUCAUGGGGCAGGUCCUGGGGGAGUGUCUAGGGCUUAUCAGUGGGCAGGAUUGGCGAACUUUGCGAGGGGUGAGCGAGUUUGCGUUUCGACAUAACUCUGCGAUCGAUUACAUUGACCUCAUCCAUACUCGGGUGAACAGUUACCUUGGACAGUGUCAAGCGCUGAAACAGGGCGUCUUAGAUCCGGUCGAGGACCUCAAAUUCCUCCCGUUCCUUAUCAUCGGCGAUGUCCUUUACGGGCCCAUGACUGCUGUGAUGGAAGACGAACUAUGCGCAAUGGCUCCUCUGCGUGAAAGGCUUUUUCAGUCCGUUAUCAAGGGUGGAGUAGCCCGAUACUCGUGGUCUCAGUAUCUACCUACAGAAGCAAACCAUGCCUUGCGGGAGUUCCGAUCGCGAUGGAUAGCCUUCAAUCAAGGUGCCUAUCGCAGAUCUAUAGACCUGAAGGGUACCGAAACGCCAGUUCAUCAGCUGUUUGCUGCGGCAGACCGGGGUCUGAUCACAGCCGACAAUGUAUACCAGACUCUUGACGAGAUGCUCUUCGCAAAUCUUGAUGUUACAAUGGGUGCCUUGUCGUGGAAUCCUGUUUUCCUCGCUGCCCACCCACGCGUCCAGGAUGAAUUGUAUACCACUAUCCAAGCCACACAGGACACAGAAGGACCCGCGAUCCCCAAAUAUCUCCAGAGAAGUUCGACCUAUCUUGCCGCAUGUAUUCUAGAAUCCUCUCGUCUCAAACCGCUGGCCGCAUUCUCAGUGCCCCAAGCUGCCCCGACUGAGCGCAUUCUCGAUGGUUAUGUCAUUCCAGGCGGAACCAAUUUUAUCGUUGACGCCUACGCAUUGAAUGUUGAAAAUGACUUCUGGGGCAUGGAUCGCUAUGACUAUCGGCCCGACCGGUUCCUAGAGCUCAAGGGGUCUGAUUUACGAUAUCAUAUGUGGCGGUUUGGGUUUGGGCCUCGUCAGUGUUUGGGAAAGUACGUUGCAGACCUUAUCCUUCGCAUCUUUCUGGUCCACCUUGUGCGUGAAUUCAAGCUGGGGUUUGCGGACAGCCAGGGCAGGAAUUCGAAGGAGUGGAAGCGCGAUCUAGACAAUUGGAUUACGCACCCUAAGAUCAAACUGACCUGUACGCCGCGGACAUAG